AGCAAAUGCCACAACAAAAUCUCUCUUUUCUUCCCUCUAAUCUGCUUAUACAAAGUUCUAAUUUCUUCUGUUUUGUGAAAUCAUGUCUCUAUCAGUUUCCAACCCCAUUGCUCCAUUGGUUCAUCCCAAACAUCCAGCCACCAAGGACGACCCAAGCCUAAGGCACUUGUCCGAUGAGACAGUCACCGCUCACAUUUACACGAAACACCGAGAGGAUGAUAGACUCAAGAUUGAUGUCGACAAUUACAUUGCACUUGUUGAAAGUAUCAUCACAACUGCUGAUCGAAUCACCGAGACUGUUACUCAAGGCACUGAAGGACGUUUGAUAUUCUCGGAUGAUUUCUUGAAGGUCAAUGCUGUCGAUGCACCCCUUUGUACCCUUCACCAUGUCGCAAGCCAGCUGUCUUGCAAAGCUCCAGGAAUAGAAAAAGCACAUGAAACAACCCUAGAAAUUCUUGAUAUAUUGGUAAGUUACCCAUGGGAGGCAAAAGCAGUGCUAACAUUGACUGCUUUUGCAACUGAAUAUGGAGACAUUUGGCAUCUCAACCAUUAUUCACUUUUAGACCCACUUGCUAAAUCAUUGGCUAUGAUUAAGCGAGUUCCUUUGCUUAAGAAGCAGUUAGAUUCCAUCAAAUACCGCCAGCUUCUUCUUUCUCCCAACAGUUUGAUCCACAGCUGCUUGCGCGCUAUGAAAUACAUUUCCCAACUCAAGAAUUUCGCUAAAUAUGAUAUCAAAGAGCUUUCCGAAUUGUCCUCUGUCCUUCGCCAAAUUCCUUUGGUUUCUUAUUGGAUCAUACACAUCAUUGUUGCUUCCCGGAUCGAGAUUUCCAGUUAUUUGAAUCAGACCGAGGGUCAAUCACAAAAGUAUCUUAAUGAAUUGGCUGAGAAGAUCAACUCCAUACUCAUUACACUUGAGAAUCAUCUCAACAUCAUUCGAGCACAACAAGAGGAAAUUGAUCUCUAUAGAUGGCUUGUGGAUCACAUUGAUAAUUUUCCCACUGAGAUAACAUUAGUUGUGCCUAAGCUUAUUGAAGGCAAGGUUGAUGCAAAGCCUUUCAUUGAUGGAUCUACAAGAAUGCAGGUUAGUGUUGAAGAUGCUUUGAGAGACAAGAACGUGAUAUUGAUAAUUUCUGGAUUAGAUAUAAGUGAGGAUGAUAUUAGAGCUCUUCAUUCAAUUUACGAUGAAGUGAAUAAGAAAGAUGAAUACAAGAUUGUUUGGAUCCCUGUAAUUACUGUAGAAUCUCAAGAAGAAGAAGAAGAAGCUAGAAAGAAAUAUGAAUAUAUAAGCUCUUCAAUGAAAUGGUAUAUUGUGCCAUACACUACAAAAAUUGCUGGUUGGAGAUAUCUUGAGGAGAAUUGGCAACUUAGACAAGAUCCAUUGGUUGUUGUUAUGAACUCAAAAUCAAGAGUUGAAUUCACAAAUGCAAUCCAUUUGAUCAGAGUUUGGGGAACUGAAGCUCUUCCUUUCACCAAUGGAAGAACUCAUGCUUUGUUGGGAAAGCAUUGGCCUGAAUCCACCCUUUUCAAAUUUAUUGAGCAACCAAGAUUGCAAACUUGGGUCAAUCAAGAGAGGAGCAUCAUAUUUUAUGGUGGAAAAGAUCCAAAUUGGAUCCAAGAAUUUGAAGAGAAAGUAGUAGAGAUUAAGAACGACCCUUACGUAAAGGAAAAAGGAAACACAUUCGAAAUCAUACGAGUGGGACGAAACAUCAAAGGAGAGAACCAUGAUUUUACACUUACACCUCGUUUUUGGAUGACCCAAUGGGGUUACUUCGUAAUCAAGAGUCAACUAAAAGGAUCAAGUGCAACUGAAACAACUGAAGAUAUUCUACGACUCAUAUCGUACGAAAAUGAAAAUGGUUGGGCAAUCUUAGCCAUUGGAUCAGCUCCAUUGCUAGUUGGGCGUGGCAAUUUGAUUUUGGGAGUACUCAAAGAUUUCAACAAAUGGAAAAGAAAUAUGAACAUACAAGCUUUCCCUGAUGCAUUUAGAGAUUACUUCAAUGAGUUGAAUCUCAAAUUCCAUACUUGCGAAAGAAUGACACUUCCUGGAUUUAGCGGAUGGAUUCCUAUGAUUGUAAAUUGUCCUGAAUGUCCUCGCUUCAUGGAGACUGGUAUAAGCUUCAAAUGUAACCAUGGCCGCCCUGAACUCUCAUGAAGAAGAUGAUGAUGACACACACUCAAAUAUUUGGUCUAUAUAUAUAUAUAUAUAUAUAUAUAUUAUCUAUAUACUACUUUACUACUAAAUAAUACGAGGUUCAUCCUACUGCAUCUUAUUGUACUAUAUAUUUCAUCAAGUUUAAGCCUAUUAGACUACAAU